UAAAAACUUUUUGUUGCAGAAAAGCACCAAUAGAACCGAACUGGGAUACACAUCCGACAGUAUUGAAGAAACAAUCGAGAGUGUCUCGAAGUCCGCGAUCUUCCACAGCACCAUGUACACCAGGGACACCGGGAAUUAGUCCCAUCAUGUCAAGAGCUAAUAGUGUUAGCAACAAUGUACCUGAUAUUGCACCACAGCCUGCAUGGAAGUUUAUUAUCUUUAAGCAUCUUUUCUUCGGACAGAUUCCUCCAUUGCCUACAAAUUAUAGACCAACCGUUGCACCUGCUAUGUGUGCCCCGUCAAUACCGGCAUUCUGUAUGGACGAUGAACAAUUGAACGUGUUAAAAGUGAUAGAGAAGAAACCAAAUAGCAAUCUUAUAGAUUUGAAUAAUUUUGAGCAAACAGAGGACAAAACAAAUGUGCGAGUUAGCGUGUUGGAAGCAUUCGAUCCAUUACUUAUUAAAACUGACAGUGGAAAUGAUUCUGUGCAAGAAUAUAGAGACGAUUUGCAAUCACAAGUUAGUGGCAGUGUAUACGAUCCAUUCGAUCCAUUUGAUUAUAUGUACAGCACAAACGAAAGCGUCAACUCGGAUCCAGUUUACGCUGCUGUGGAAAAAUCUGCAAAAUCGCCGGCUAUGUCACCAGCUGCACCACCUCCACUGCCUCCUCGCAAUUCGUCCGCAUGGAAUACCAUAGAAAGGCGAAAAACUUCUUUAGAUCGUCGACAAAAACGUCAAACGCGAUUGUACGAAAAUGUAACUGUCAUAAAAACCAGAUCAUCUCUUCAUGAUUGCGAUUUGAAGGCAUUUCAUAAGAUAAUAAAGUCUAUACGAAGCGAGUUUCCAUUUAAUGAUCCUAAUACAAAUAUUGGGUACGUUGUCAGCCCAAUAAUGGAGAAUUUAUAUCCGGAUGGCACAAGUAUAAAAUUAGUAGUUCAUCCACAAUUAGCCAAUAAUGAUAAAGAUCCUGCACCAUCUAUUUCUUUUACUUGCAAUGUGAAUUGUAGCGUUGAGCACGUUAUCUUGAAUGUCGCCUGUUCCUUAGAAGAUGAGGAUACAGUAAAUGCAGAAAAAUAUUGUUUAAGAGUAUGGGGUUUAGCUGAAUACUUUGCACCUAAUACGACCUUAGCACAAUAUGAAUACAUACAUCAAUGUAUUAAGUUGGAAAAAGAUAUUGAAUUAGCUAUAAUGAGCAGAGCACAAAUUAAACAAUCAAUUGCUCGAACACUACAAGAUGAUAAUUGCGAUCAAUAUUUAAGAUUAGAAGAUAUUCUACCAAAUGAACCUUUGCAGCCUAUUUCAUAUGAUACAUUAAUUAUUUUACUAGAGACAGUGGAGAAAGAAAUGGAACGUGUAGAGAAUGCUGCGUUACAAUUGGUAAACACAAAUCAGGGUUCUGUUUUACUACCUCAACUUCAACCACACUGUGUGGUGCAAGCAGUAAAAGCGGUGUGUGCCUUAAUGGGAAGCAUCGAGACUUUCGAGAUCACGGAGGCUAUUGACAAUUUCGUAAAUGCUUGCUGCCAAUUUUUACCGCAAUGUCACACAGCCAAUAUAGAAUGUAAAAAGCCCGAAAUCAUACAUGAAGAUGGCGAUUACGCUGUGGUUACCUUGAGAAAAAAGUUUCCCGAUGUAAUUUCCUCGCAUUGUCAUAAAAUUCGCGAUGCCGUUCAAGAACUCGUCGAGACGUACUGUCACGCAUUCAGAGUUGAUUUUCAAUUAAAUAGCAAAGGAGAAUUUCCGACAAAUACACUAAUUUCAUCGGAAGUAAUCGAUACUAUUCUGGUACGCGUCGGAGCUCUACAUAGACUGCCAACCACAUGGAAACAUGACGAUUAUAUAGUAGCAGCUCAAAUCUUUCAUGGAACCAGACCGGUAGGAAAUCCAGUCUUGUCAGAACCAAUGACGGUCAGCACGAAUUUCUAUCCAAGAGUUUUAUUUAAUUCAUGGUUGGAAUUUCGCGGAAUAAGCGUUUGUCAAGUACCAAGGGAAGCCAGACUUGUGCUAGUUCUUUACGGCCGUACUUUACAACCAACCGAGCAUGAAUCAAAUUCGUCAGCGGAGAAUUCAAUGCAGAAGGAAGAACUCGGAUGGGGUGCUAUACAAUUCUUUGAUUAUGACGGUGUUAUGAGCCAAGGAAAUUUUUUUCUGUCCCUUUGGCCAGCCAUCGCAGACAAAAGAUUAGGUCCAGCGCCGGCGCCUGGAAUUCAUCCGCGUGGUGAUACUCACCCCAUUAUAGGCUUAGAAUUGCCUGAUUAUGGAGGAAGAGUGUUAUUCCCCACAGAGUUGAGAGAUUACGAUGUAGAAUCGCUAGAUUUUAAUUCGUUAGAUCAAAAUACACAAGAACUAUUGAUAGAUAUUACACAGCAGGAUACAUUCUCUAGACCGCCCAUUGACGAAAGGGAAAUUUUAUGGGAAAAAAGACAUUACUUGCACGACAGACCUGAAGCUUUACCUAAAGUAUUAUUAGCCGCGCAUAGUUGGGAUUGGGCGUGCUUGCCGGAUUUACACGCUUCGCUCAGAGUUUGGAGCUCGCUACCUCCGAUACAAGCUUUACAAUUACUUUUACCGUGUUUCCCAGAUAUGAAAGUCAGAGAAAUGGCAGUUGGAUGGAUUCGCGAGUUAAGUAAUGACGAACUUAUCGAUUACUUGCCACAACUACUUCAAGCAAUGAAACACGAGACGUACGAAGCUUCACCUCUGACUCGAUUCUUAUUAGAACGUGCCUUAUUUUCACCGAGGGUGGCCCAUCACAUUUACUGGUUGCUAACUCAAGCGCUGCCGGGACAGAGUCCCCAGGUACAGAAUUCUGCUGAAAUUGCUGCAGAAGAUGACAAAGCCAUUAGUUGUGCUCGUUAUCAACGAAGAUUGCAAUUAAUGUUAAGAGCAUUACUGGCAGUUAUUGGAGAUGCGCUGAGAAAUAGUUUCCUGACCCAACAAUUGCUAGUUAAAAAUCUGUAUGAAAUAGCUGAAAAUAUCAAAGUUACGAAGGAAUCGUUACGAAUGGAGACACUUAAAACUGGUUUACAAAAUAUACACUGCCAGUUAAUGGAGGAUGACGGCACGUGUUUACCACUAUCUCCUAGUAAACUAGUAUUUGGUAUCAACGUACAGACGUGCGCCUAUUUUCCGUCGUUCACUCUCCCGUUGAAAAUUAACUUUAUUAGUUGCGACAAUGUGAUAAGUCCGGCAAUCUUCAAGGUCGGCGAUGAUUUACAGCAAGAUAUGUUGACUCUCCAAAUGGUACGCAUUAUGGACAAGUUGUGGUUAAAGGAAGGUCUUGAUUUGAAAAUUGUCACCUUUGCCUGCGUGCCCACCGGCCACAAACGAGGAAUGAUAGAGAUGGUAACGGAUGCAGAAACAUUACGGAAGAUCCAAGUUGAAUUUGGGCUAACCGGACCGUUUAAGGAUCGACCGAUUGCAGAAUGGCUAGCGAAGCAUAAUCCCUCUGAGUUGGAAUACGAGAGGGCGGUAGAAAAUUUCACCGCGUCUUGUGCCGGUUACAGCGUCGCUACUUAUAUCUUGGGAAUUUGUGAUAGGCAUAAUGAUAAUAUUAUGCUAAAAACAUCUGGUCAUUUGUUUCAUAUCGACUUUGGAAAAUUCCUUGGCGAUGCGCAAAUGUUUGGAAACUUUAAGAGAGACCGAACGCCGUUUGUGCUGACAUCAGAUAUGGUAUAUGUUAUAAACGGUGGCGAUAAACCCUCGGCGAAAUUUCACCAUUUCGUGGAUUUAUGCUGCCAAGCUUUUAAUGUAGUGCGGAAACAUGGAAAUCUGAUUCUUCAUCUUUUUGGACUGAUGACUUCGUCCGGUAUUCCUGGGGUUACUAUGGACGCGGUAAGUUAUGUGCAGAAGGCACUGCUUCCCGGGCAAACAAAUCCCGAAGCAGCGGCGACUUUCGCUCGAAUGAUAGAAAGUUCCUUGAAAAGCUGGUUCACGCAGUUCAACUUCUUCUUGCAUAAUCUGGCACAGCUCAGAUUCUCCGGAGAUCACAGUGAAGGAGAACUGUUGUCUUUUAUUCCGCGCACGUACACAAUGCAACAGGAAGGUCAAUUAACAAGCGUGCAGGUUCACGGAUAUCAAAAACGUUACGAUCCGGAAAAAUAUUACAUGUAUAUUCUGCGAAUACAACGAAAAGGACAACCGGAUCCGACGUAUCUGUUCCGAUCGUACAAGGAAUUUUGUGAAUUCUACCAAAAAUUGUGCAUACAUUUUCCACUUGCUAAAGUAGCCAGUUUACCGAGUGGAAUAAGCGUGGGACGCUCUAAUAUUAAGCAAGUAGCUGAUAAACGGCGAGCGGAUAUAGAGAAGUUCCUUGUAAGUCUAUUUAAAAUGGCACCCGAGAUUUCCCAAAGCGAUCUGGUAUACACUUUCUUCCAUCCGUUGUUGCGAGACCAACAGAAUGCCGAUAUACGUUUACGUAAAGUCAAAGUUGGAAAUUGGUGGGCCGAAAAGAGAAUCAGAGAUAACGUACAGAGCGGUCAGAUCAAGUUGUCUCUUCACUACACUCGUGGUACUUUGUCCGUCAUGGUUUGUCACGCCCGAGGACUCCCCAAAGUCGCUAAUGCUCAAGAACCGAAUACAUACGUAAAGGUAUAUCUUAAACCCGAUCCUACAAAAGCGACGAAACGGAAAACGAAAGUAGUAAAAAAGAACUGUCAUCCAUCAUUUAUGGAGAUGUUGGAGUACAGAAUGCCUCUAGAUGUGAUUAGAGAGAGAACACUCGAAGCAACGAUAUGGAAUCACGAUACAUUGCAGGAGAAUGAAUUUCUCGGUGGUAUAAGUUUACCACUUGGACGUCUGGACUUGACAAACGAAACCAUUGAAUGGUUUCCGUUAGGUAGUGUACGAUGAAGCGAGUACGAAGACUGUUCUGGAAUAAAGUCUCUCAAUACUCAUAAAUGUUAUCAUUAGGGUAUAUAGGAAACGUACCGUUAGCGCACAACAUUAAAACUUUUUUAGUAUGCACAAGCAAGUGCAAUAAUCACUAUGCUUCACGAGAUGAAAAAUAAUUUGUAUUUAUAUAAUUUUGUGCAUCUCACAAGCAGUUUCGUUUCUUUAACAAAGUAAAGAUUCGAUAUAAUAAAUAUUAGAAAUUGUGUGAUAUCUCGAAAUGAGAUAGCUAUAUAAAAAAAAAUUAGAAAGUAAAAAGGGUCAACUUCUACAAAAAAUUGCUAAUAAUAUUAGUAUACAUAACGAUUAUACCUAAAAAGUAUCUAAAUAUACAUAUGCAAUGAGCGUGCAUAACAAAUAGAAAGGAAAUGAAUGUUGCGAAAGUUUAGAAUUAUAUAUCUCUAUCAUGUUUAUAUAUAUAGUUCUCUAAUUAUAUAUUUUUAACGAAAAAUAUCUUUAAAAAAUAUGAAAAAUUUAGCAUGAAUUUAAUCUAUAUAUUAUUUAAUCUAUAUAUAUUGGAGAGAGAGAAGUUUACUCUUUUACAGAAAUUUUAUACACUUAUUUAUUUACGUCACUUUUUAUCAAUUAUAUUGACCAUCAAUUGUAAAUAGAAAUUGAAUGCAUUUUGUAUCACACAAAUGUAGUAAUGAAAUUAUUUCUAAUCGGCUAUAAUAUACUGAAUUCUUUUAGAAAUAUUUUAUAGUCUAAGUGAAACACUAUACAAUUUUUUAUCACUUAUAUCUAGUUAAAAUUUAAAUUUUAUAUAACAUAUAUGUAUAAUGGGCUCGCAUAUAUCACUCACUUUUAUGAUGUUAUUUUACUAUUAGAAAAAAAUCCACAUAUAUAUAAUAUUGCCUGUUUAUAUGUAAUGGCCUCAUUUAUAAUAAAUGAACAUAAUAUUAAAUUAUGUAAAUAUGCUAUCAAAUUUAUGUAAUAAAUCAUCUUUAAUUAUCUUA